AUUAAGACAAAAUAUCACGCGGAAAUACAUUAUGGCCGGCAGAACCCACGUCAAACGCUACAUCUGUGUUAUUUUCUUGGUUUUACUCUGUUUGUCAUAUGUUAUUGCUUGGGACAAUGAAGAUUUAGAGGUUUUUGACGCAGUUGAAGAAGUGAAUGAAAAUUUCUAUGAACUCCUUGGUGUAGACCAGACUGCUACAGCAGGUGACAUAAGAAGAGCUUACAGAAGGUUAUCCCUUACUCUCCAUCCUGAUAGGAAUAAAGAAGAUGAUGCUGAGAUCAAGUUUAGACAGCUGGUUUCUGUUUACGAAAUCCUUAAAGAUGAGGAGAAAAGAAAGAAGUAUGAUGAAGUUCUGGUUAAUGGACUACCAGAUUGGAGGAUGCCAGUUUAUUACUACAGGAAAGUCCGUAAGAUGGGACUGGCUGAAAUGACUGUCCUUCUUCUGGUUAUUUUCACCAUCGGUCAGUUCUUAGUCUCCUGGGCUGUGUACCUGGAGAAGAAAUUUGAAGUGGAAGAAGUUUUGACAUCAAGAUUCAAGAAAGAAAAGAGAGGCAAAAAGGCCAGAUUAAAAGCUGAAAGUGAGCUUGAUGCUGUGGAUCAAAUGAUACAAGAGGAGCUGGAGUCUAUACCCAGACCCAAACUGCAGGAUUUAUUUAUAUUAAGGUUUCCAGUGGUGUGUGUCAAAACAGUUAUUGCCAGUCCCCAGCUGGUUUGUCUUAUCAAGGAGAAGUGGGAAGAGCGCCAGGCCAUGGAGAGGGCAAAGGAGAAAGAGAGAGAAGAGGAGGAGGAAAUGAAAGCUGCGGAACCAACAAGAAAACCAAAGAAGCGCCAAAAGAUAGAACUGCCAGAGUACACGGCUCCCGAGACUGACACUGUUCCUGUUGUAUAUGGUGUGAAUAGCACUGGAGAAGACAAAACAGAAGAGAAGAAGAAUUCUAAUUUAAAGACUGGUGAGUGGACAGCAGAUGACCUGUCCAUUCUGGCCAAAGCUGUGUCCAAGUUCCCCAGCGGGACACAGGAGAGGUGGGAGAAAAUAGCCGAGUUUGUUGGACGUUCCACUCCUGAUGUAAUCAGCAAGGCUAAACAGCUUAAUACUCAGUCUUUGGCAGGGUCUGCCUUAGUAGAUGACAGCAGUGUCAUAGGGAGCAGAAAGCAUGCAGUCAUCAGUGACACAACCAUUAGCAGACGGCAGGAAGCAGACGACGGUGUGUCAGCUGAAACAAACAAAGUGCGACGCAGAAAUAAACAAACAAAAUCUUCAGAAAGGACGUUGCUUAUUUCUGAAGUUGAACCCAGUCAAAAAACUAAAAAUGAAACCGAGAAGGAAAAUUUAAAAUCUGAUCAAAAUGUUCCCACCCAAGCGGGUGAUGGGAGCCAAAAGGAAUCAGUUCAGUUUUGGAGCCAGACACAGCAGAAAGUGUUGGAGUGGGCACUGGCGCAGUAUCCUAGAGGAACAGCAGAGAGAUGGGAGAAAAUAGCCGAGCAUGUGCCAGAUAAAGAUAAGGAUGACUGUGUUGCCAGAGUCAAAUACAUCAGUGACAUGAUAAAAAAGAAAAAACAAGCUGCCAGCUGACAACAAAGAGAGCAGCCCAGUACAUAUAAAGGACUCAGUCAGAUUACUUACUAUAUUGUUUAGAUCUGAGAUAACAUAUGUCAUGAAAUGAUGAGAAGAUACAAUACUGUGUAGAAAACCACUAAAUCUUACAUUUCAUAGGUGCUUUGUUUCAAGUCUAAAAUAACUUAGAGAGAGUUUACCUGGUAGUGUUACUGCCAGUCGAUGACUAUUGCAUGAAUAUUAUCUGCAUAUUGUUUUAUCCUGGUCACACUUGUUGAAAUCCAUUAUUAUUUAUUUGUGUUUUUAUUUAUUAUUUUUAAUUUUUUUUAAUGGAUAUGUUCACAAACCACACCGAUACAUUGUCUUUUACAUUCAAUUAUAAGUCGGGUGUCUUGUAAAAUUUCACCCGCUGGUGAACAAAGACGAAGUCAAAUUAUACCAUUUAAAUUAUACCAUAGAAAAAGACUAAAAAAAUGAACAACAGUGAUAUAUUGCUGCUGGUGACAUCUAUAGGUCAUUUGCCACGCCUCGUCCGUUUUUCGCAAGAUAUUCACGUAGGCGACGACUGUAGACGACGGUGCUUUCAGAUUGUUUUAUAUGUUGUCAAAAGUUCUUAAUUCAACUUUCAGUGCAAUGAGACUUCCAAAAAGAUCAAACUCAUAGUUUUAUUGAAUGCUGGUCAUCGUGAAGUAUUGUAAGAACGGUGCAUGUAAGCAAUAAAGAUGGAGAUUUUAAACUUACUAGAAAAUAAAAUUUUAAUAGGAUA